AUGCACUCCGCUUCCAGUAUGCUGGGAGUCGUGAAAAUGGAAGGACACGAGCACACGGAGUGGAGCAACUACUACGGCGAGCCGGAGGGCUACUCCACCAUGAACGCGGCGGGGCUGGGCAUGAACGGCUACAUGGGCAUGGCCGCCAUGGGCUCGGCGGGCAACAUGACGGUGGCGGCGUCCGGCGGCUCCAUGGGCAUGCCCUACGCGGCCGGCCCGGGCGCCAUGAGCCUCUCCCCCGGCGCGGGGGCCAUGGCCGGCAUGGCGGCCCACCUGAGCCCGAGCCUGAGCCCGUUGGGCGGCCAGGCCGGCGCCAUGGGCGGCGCGCUGGGCGCCUACUCGGGCCUGAGCCCCGUCGGGGGCGGCGGCGGCGGCGGCGGCGGCUACGGGCAGGCGGCGGCCGGGCUGGCCCGCGCGCGCGACGCCAAGAGCUACCGGCGCAGCUACACGCACGCCAAGCCGCCCUACUCGUACAUCUCGCUCAUCACCAUGGCCAUCCAGCAGUCGCCCAACAAGAUGCUGACGCUGAGCGAGAUCUACCAGUGGAUCAUGGACCUCUUCCCCUUCUACCGGCAGAACCAGCAGCGCUGGCAGAACUCCAUCCGCCACUCGCUCUCCUUCAACGACUGCUUCCUCAAGGUGCCGCGCUCGCCCGACAAGCCCGGCAAGGGCUCCUUCUGGACGCUGCACCCGGACUCGGGCAACAUGUUCGAGAACGGCUGCUACCUGCGCCGCCAGAAGCGCUUCAAGUGCGACAAGCCGCCCGGCGCCAAGCCGCCCCCGCCGCCCCCUGGCGCCUCGCCCACCCCCUCGGGGGCCUCGGGGGCCCCCGGGGCCCACGGCAAGAAGGCCUCGGCCCAGCAGCAGCAGCAGCAGCAGCAGCAGCAGGAGCGCGAGGCGGCCAACGGCGGCGGGGCUCCCGAGUCGCCCCACUCCAGCGCCUCCCCGUGCCAGGAGCACAAGCGCGGCCUGGGCGAGCUGAAGGGGCCCCCGGAGCCCGCCCCGUCGCCGGCGCAGCAGCAGCACCUGCUGGCGCAGCAUCACGCCCACGCCCACGCCGCCCACGCCGCCGCCGGGCUCUCCCACGAGGCGCACCUCAAGGCGGAGCACCACUACGCCUUCAACCACCCCUUCUCCAUCACCAACCUGAUGUCCUCCAGCGAGCAGCAGCAGCAGCCGCACCCGCACCCGCACCACCACGCCCACGCCCACGCCCACCACCCGCACCACCCGCACCAGCACCACCCGCACCACAAAAUGGACCUCAAGGCCUACGAGCAGGUGAUGCACUACACCGGCUACGGCUCGCCCGUGCCCGGCAGCCUGGCCAUGGGCUCCGUCACGAACAAAAGCGCCCUCGAGGCCUCGCCCUUGGCCGCGGACCCCUCCUAUUACCAGGGGGUCUACUCCAGACCCAUCAUGAACUCGUCCUAA